AUGGAAGAUGUGGCCGCGCUCGAUAUUGCACUUGAUUCCGUGGGGCUGGACGAGCUCAAUAGUCCGGAGGCAAAGGCUUUGCUCGACACAAUCGACAGCCUCCGGGAGAUGCACGUUGGCGAGAUUGUUAAUCUGCCACAAAUCAUUGUCGUUGGGGACCAAUCUUCAGGCAAGAGCUCCGUCUUGGAAGCCAUUUCCCGCGUCCGCUUUCCCACCAAGGGCGGCCUUUGCACUCGGUUUGCCACGGAGUUGGUCCUGCGACGCAGCCCAGAGACCAAGAUUGGGGUCAGGAUUGACGGUGCUACUGGGGCUGGAUCUGGCUCCUCUCAGCAGUUCCGUCGGAUCAGCUUUGACAAGGAUGCUCUCCCGGAGAUCAUCAAUGAGGCCAAGGAGAAGAUGGGUAUUCGCGUCGGCAGCUCGAAGGGCUUUUCUAAAGACAUCCUUCAUGUUGAGAUAGCCGGCCCGGAUAUUUACCCCGUCACUCUUGUCGACUUGCCAGGCUUCUUUCAUGCUGAGACUGCAGAUCAAACUCCCGAGGACAAGCAGCUCGUGAAGGAGCUCGCAGAGUCGUACAUGAAGCAGUCGAAGAGUAUUAUUCUCACUGUUAUCUCGGCCAAUCAGCCCCUUGCCAACCAAAUCGUUGUUGAUGAGGCCAAGAGAUAUGAUCCCAACAGAGAGCGGACGGUUGGCAUCAUCACGAAGCCUGACCUACCGGCACCGGGAUCUGACGAUGAGAAGAAGUGCCUCCAGCUCAUCAGAGGCCAAGAGAGCAAGCACAAGCUAAAACUAGGGUGGCAUGUUCUGCGCAAUCGACCGGAGGGCCAAGAAGAGACGACGGCGGACGACCGAGAUGCGGAAGAAGAGAAGUUCUUCCAGUCCGGCGCAUGGUCUAGCAUCAUCCCGAUGAGCCGCGGCAUCACAUCCCUGCGAAAGAAGCUCAGCAAAGUGCUUUUGCAACAUAUCCAGAAGACACUUCCUGGCCUGAUUGAGGAGAUCGAAAAUGGCCUAUCUGCUCGCCAGAGAGCCAUUGAGCAACUUGGAAAGCCCCGCUCGAAACCAGAUGAACUCCGAACGUAUUUGCUAGAGAUCGCCGAGCGGUUUCAGCGCCUUGCGCGUGAUGGUAUCGAUGGCCGGUACGGUGACGAGUUCUUCGGCGACUUGUACAACAACCAGGGAACGCGAAAGUUACGUGCAGUACUGAGAGCAUUCAACCGUGCAUUCCACGCGACCCUGGUGUCCAAAGGUAUGGAUCGUGAGAUUGAGUGGGACGGUGCAGAAGGCUUUUCGGUUGAUGAUGGCGCCUUCGAGUGGAUUCAGAACGGACAUGACGCGCCCGAAUACAUAAAGCCAUUUCUUGAUCUCUUCAAGGACUGUCCAGACCCCACUCGAAUAUCUGAGACGGAGCUUCGCAAGGAACUCGAAGAGCUGGCGGCGGCAAAUCAGGGGACCGAAUAUCCCGGUUUGCCCAAUGGUGAUCUGGGAUUCCAACUCUUCAAGAUGCAAGCCAAACCUUGGGGUGGCAUCGCGGACAUUUACCUGGAUCAAGUCGUCGAUUUUGCCAAGGUCUUUGUAGAAGACCUGUUCAUUCACAUCAUUGGAGCCGACAAGCAGACCACUAAUGCUGUCUUGGUGCUCUAUGUAAGCAGAUUCUUUGAGGAGAGGCGAAAGCUGCUGAAGGAGAAGCUGCAAGAGAUUCUCCGGCCAUACGUAUCUGUAUACGCCCCCCCGCUUGACGCGGCGUUCCAUGCAGCCCUCUCGUCCAUGGUUACUAGACGGGAGGCGGAACGUGUUGUAAGCCUGCUUGAAGCAAAGUUUCCUGCAGCUUUCACCGACAAAGCUGGAAAGGGUCUCACACAUGAAGAGGUCGAGGAGGCCAUUAGCAGUGCUGGAGCAGCCAAGGCGAGCGAAUUCGGUACGGACAAGAUUGUUGGCAUGACAAUGACACACUUCAAGGUCCAGAAAACCGUCAGCGCAGUUUUUGAUUAA